AUGCUGAUGGGUGCUCCUGAAGGCAAGUGGCUGCAUCGCCUGCUAUGCGAGAUUUUGGCGGCCGCAAACGAACCAGGACCGGACCUCGUCAUCCGUGAGGACAACCAGUCGUGUAUCAAGAUGACGAAGAACCCGGUGAACCAUGGUCGAGCCAAGCAUAUCGACAUCAAGUACCAUCACAUCCGUGAUGAGGUCAAGCGUGGUGAAGUGCAGCUCGAGUAUUGCGAGACUUCCGUGAUGAUGGCGGACAUCAUGACCAAGGGACUUUCGGGACCUCGUCACAAGGACUUGACGACGGCUCUCGGCAUUCGUGCGAGUUCGGAUUGA